AUGCGCAGUGACUCGUUAACCCGGUACCUCAGAGCAGGAGACUUCUCGUCAGCUUUCUAUGAUCUACGGGAUUGUAUCGCGGGGAUACUCAGACAUAUCGAGGCAAUUCGCCUGGGCCGAGCCCUCACUGUUGACCACGGCGACGCGGUUUGCACCUUCCGUCUUCCAGAGGACAAGGAUAGUAAGCUACAUCUAUACCUGAUGGGCCUGUUGCGCAAGAUACAGACUAAGGAAUUCACCAAGCGACAAACCGAGGUCCGCGGUGCUAUCGGUACCCUGUUCAGGGAGAACCUUGGCGAUCGAGAAGCAGAACCGAUCGAUAUCGUACUGCUUGGUACUUCGCCGGAGAAGCAAGGCCAUGGUUACGGCAAAGCGUUGGUGAAAGCGGUCACCGACAUUGGAGAUGCAAAGGGCCUCGCGGUGACCGUAGUGACUACGGAUGCGUACAAGUUCUACGAGGCUGUGGGAGUCAAGCUUGUCGCGGAGACGAUCGUCGGGGUGGACAACCCGAGUUGGGAUGGUGCACCCAUCCAUGUCCGUCUCCUGCUGAGGGAACCUCACCGGCAUGGCAGCGGGGAGGAACAGAUACCGAAGGCAGCGUCCGAUGAAUCUUCCGUAAUCACACACAGAACCGGCCGAACCGAGCUCUGA